GUAGCCUGCUAAGGAGACGACACGCGUUUAUAUAUAUACGUUGUGAUACGAACUAUUCAAACAAAAUCCCUUUUAUUUUUGCCAAUCUUAAAAAUUGCAAUUACGAAUCUAUAUAUGGUACGACGUAUCGCGUCAAUAAUAAAGAGGACGCAUACGAUUGAUCGAAAAUUCAAGCGUGUAUGUAACAUAAUUAUUGGUCCAGGAGCACCGUCAAGGCCACACGUGAAUCACGUGAAAUUCGUAUAGUGCAUGUAUAUGCAUCUAAAAAAGGGAGAUCGCUGUAACGAGAGAUCGAUCUACGAUCAUCGGUUCCAAAAAAAGAAAUCGAGAAGUAGGAAGAAAGACGAAGAAGAAAAGAAGAGGGCGCCAGUACAGAUAUAUCGGUGAGUGUGACUGGACGGAAAGACGUGGGCGAUUCCCAAGUACCGGCCUCCUGAUCCGUCGUGUCGUUUCGAGUGUGUCAGUGAGUUUGUGGAGGCGAACCUAACCUAGUCGUCGAGUGUGCACUAUCGAUCAAGAAGUUGGUUUAAAGAGAAUUUAAUUUUUUUUUGAGAAACUGAUUAUGUAUACGUAAUUUUAAAAUCAGUGCAAAUACGUUUGUGCAUAUCGUUCAAUUUCACGUUCGAUCAAAGCAACUUGCUUGUUUAAUAUACGUGUUAUAAUCAUAAAUUGAAAAAAAAAUUUCGAUUCCCGGUGUGAAAACGGAAACGGAUUGAGAUAACAAGGUGAAGGAAAGUUAAUAAUAAACGAGAAGAGGAAGCAAGAGGAAGAGAAGCUAACGGUGAUAGUAAUUCGAAAUUGGAAGUGAUCGUGUUGUGCAUUGGAAACGAUUCUAUGCGGCAAGAUGAUGGAGACACAGAAUUAUUGGGAGGAUAACUCCGCUCAUUCUAUGCAAGUAAAAUACGAGAGUUUGGAUGCUAGAUCUUGCAAGGACGAGAUAUACAGGAUGGGAAUAGGCGGUGGAUAUUGCGAAGGGAACUUGAACUUUGCUACGGCCUCGGAGGACGACGAGGUUUACACGAAGAAGAAAGUUUCCAGGCAAGAUCCAAUGUCUCAUAGGAUCAUCGAGAAACGAAGAAGAGAUCGUAUGAAUAAUUGUUUGGCCGAUUUGAGCAGACUGAUACCGGCCGAAUAUUUGAAGAAGGGUCGAGGAAGAGUAGAGAAGACAGAAAUUAUCGAAAUGGCUAUUCGGCAUAUGAAGCAUCUUCAAGGUCUUCGACAAGAAUCGAAACAUCCUGCCGUGACGUCGGUACACGCGAUGCAUCCCGAGGACAGCGUGGAUAGUGUCUCGCAUUCGACUGUCGCCUCUACCGCGGCGGAACACUACAGGCUGGGUUUCCAAGAGUGUUUAAGCGAAACCAUGCAUUUUCUCGUCGAGGUCGAGGGUUUUUUCGCCAGGGAUUCUUUGUGCGUUCAACUGAUCAAUCAUCUGCAACAACAUUGCGAAAAAAUCUUAGCAACUAGUGACAGGCUCGGGUUUCCUCAUCCCGAGAUGCCUACGACGAACGGUGUCGCGAAUGGUAGCGGUUAUCCUCAUACCAGCAUUCCCACGAUAUGUCAGCCGAAUGGUCAUUCGGAUCACGGCUCGAGUUCAGGCGUGAGUUCGUUCGGUGAUCCGGAGCGUCCUUUGCGACCAACGAUCGCGAUCCCACCACCGGCGAUCGUGAGCGACGAUAGCAAUCACAGCACGCAUUCGCACAGUACGCCACCAAGCACCACCUGCAAACCUUCCAACUACAAGUUUAAGAGCUCUAUCAAGCAAAGGUUUUCCGCGGAGAGGAUAAAGUCUAGCCCACCACCUACCACCAGCAUAGAGAAGCCAUCUUCCUCUCACGGUGUGCCGAUCUUUGCUCUGCACGAUGCUGGAUCUUACUACGUCCCGUUAACCGUCGAGGCUUCUCUGUUAAGGCCUCAUCUGAAUUUCAUGUGGGACACCGGCCCAGACACGGUGCUCCAUCCGGUCACGAUAUCGGUCAAUUUCAACCAUUCGAAUCCGCCGGCAUGGUCGCAUCACCAUAGUCCCACGCACCAACAACAGACAUAAACCAGACAAUGGCCAGGACCCGAUGUUAUGUCUCUCUCGUUCGUUCGUUCCAACCGUCGAUAUGUGUCGCUCAUGUUCAAGAUUCGCGUUUUCGAAGAGAACGAUGUCGCUCUCGGUGGUGAGAACGAGCGACGACGCGCAAAUCUGUCGUUAUUUUCGUCGAUCCGGGUAAUGAUCGAUAACAAUCAUCGAAUCGUCGAACGAAUCGUAUCAAAGUUUGUUGCGUUCGAUCGAUUCUUCGUAAACGAGGAAACGAUCGUCGCAUCGUCAUCCCGAUCAUCAUCUUUUUCUUUCCGGUUCUUUAGCUAUUAAAUAAUAUCCGAGGAACGUUGGUAUAGCGUGUUUUACGAAAAAAAAAAAAAAAAAAAAAAAAACGAAGUUCGACGAGGAUCAUUUUUCCUUUCUUUCGUAUAUAUAUAUAUAUAUUUACCGAGGCUGUGGGUUGUCUUAGCAUUUACGAGAUAUCGAGAGAAAGUGCGAUGUAGAAGUAUCGUUGGUAGAGAUAGAGUAUUAGGGCUUGAUCGAAGCCCCGGGUUGCUUUAGCUUCGGUAUGUUUUUUUUCUCUCCCCUCUUUCGUCGAUGUCGUCGCAAUCGAAACCCGUUUCUCUCUCUCUCUCUCUCUCUCUCUCAUUUCCUUUUCCCUCUUCUCUCCUUUUCUCAUCAACGCCAAUCUCUGUUUCGUUUUAUCUUCUUUUUUUUUUAUCCUCUGUUUCGUUCUUUCCUUCGCUUUAUUACUUUUUAUUUUUCGGCUGGGCAAAUGUGUCGCGCGAUGAAUUAAAAAUCUCAAGUUUGGACCGUGUGAUUAACAUUGGACGACAAAAGUUCCAUCGAUGGAAACGCGUAUCGUGUAAAAAAAAUAUCAAAUUUCCGCACGAGUGUCGAAAGCGUGGAUCGUCCGCAACACGUUCGAUCGGCCGACGAAAUUCCGAAAUAUUUUGAAGCUAGCCGACGAAAAGUGCCUACAAUAUUAUUGAGUUACAAAUUCCAUUUACGUGAUCGUUCCACGUGUGUGGAAGAAGAAAGUGAUUUUCCUUUUCCGCGGAUAAUUUUGUGUCACGUUGUGAUCGCGAAAGAAGAUCGAGUUUGUUCGGCGUCCUGAAAAAUGGGCCUCGACAAUUAAAGACUGAUCAAGACCUGCAUUACACUAAAUUCUUAUAAGAUCAUUGCAUUAAAUAUAUAUAUAUAUUUAUACAUACUACGUCUAGUUGUAACGUUAACGAAGAAUUUAUGCGGAAUAAAUUAUAUUUACCAUA